AGGAGCGGCUGAGUCAGAACCCAAGCCGCUGACGCUGACCCCACAGAGCAGCCAGCCCAGGGCAUGUUCCGAGACUUCGGGGAACCCGGACCCAGCUCCGGGGGCAGCGGUGCGUACGGCGGCCCCGGACAGCCUCCGGCGACAGGCCAGCAGAAGUUUCACCUCGUGCCAAGCAUCAGCGCACUGAGUAGCAGCCAGGAGCCUCAGUGGAUGGUUCAGCCUCACUUCCUGGGACCUAGUAGCUACCCAAGACCUCUGGCCUAUCCCCAGUACAGCCACCCACAGCCCCGGCCAGGAGUCAUUCGGGCCUUGGGGCCACCUCCAGGCGUGCGUCGCCGGCCCUGUGAACAGGUCAGCCCGGAGGAGGAGGAGCGCCGUCGAGUGAGGCGGGAGAGGAAUAAGCUGGCUGCGGCCAAGUGCAGGAACCGGAGGAAGGAACUGACCGACUUCCUGCAAGCGGAGACUGACAAACUGGAGGACGAGAAAUCAGGGCUGCAGCGAGAGAUUGAGGAGCUGCAGAAGCAGAAGGAGCGGCUGGAGCUGGUGCUCGAAGCCCACCGCCCCAUCUGCAAAAUCCCAGGAGCCAAGGAGAGUGACACUGGCAGCACAGGCGGUACUAGCAGCACACCAGCCCCUGUUCCUUGUAUCUCCCUUUCCCCGGGGCCUGUGCUUGAACCCGAAGCAUUGCACACUCCUACGCUCGUGACCACACCCUCUCUGACUCCUUUCACUCCCAGUCUGGUCUUCACCUACCCCAGCACCCCUGAGCCCUGUUCCUCAGCCCAUCGCAGGAGCAGCAGCAGCAGUGGGGACCCGUCCUCUGACCCCCUUGGCUCCCCUACCCUCCUGGCAUUAUGAGGCAUACUGGUCCCUCUCCCUGCAGGUGCCACCUAGCCAAUAUUUCCUCACCCAUUGGUCCAGCUGGCCUGGGCCAUAUUCCAUGCUCAACCCCUGCCGGUUCUUCUCCAUCCUACCAGAUGAGACUGAGCCUAUUUUGCUUCCUGGUGGAGCCAGCUUGGGGCCACCAAAGCUGCCCACUCUAGAGGCAUUUCUCUAGAGCAGGCCUCUCUAGCACAAUUUCCUUUAAAUCAGAGACAAAAUAUUUCCCAUUUGUGCAAGAAAACUCUAGGCAGCCCCAAAUGACUUUGUAGAUCCCUACAGGUUUUCUGGAGCCCUAACCCCCUCCAGACCUCCCCUAAGUCUUCAUCACCUUCUUCCUGUGAUCCACCCAACCCUACCCCUUGACAAGCGAUAUACCAGCCUAGAACACUAACUCACCCAGCCCCACUGCCAGCAGCACCAGGUGACUGAACUAGGGCAUCCUGUCGACCCCUCCAGAAAUGGCACAGCUGGAGAAGGUGCCAGAGACUUCUGUGAUGAGCUGAGCUGCAGCCCAGGCUCUGAGAAGACUUUAGCUCCAGGGUAACUAAGCCUCCACCGCAAAGGCAGCUGCUAUUUAUUUUCCUAAAGAGAGUAUUUUUAUACAAUUCUGCCAAAAUGAAAUAAAAGGCUUGAAGCUCCA